CAAAAAUGGUCAAGGACUGCUUAUCCGGCCAGAGCUCGGCAUCAAGACUACUAGGGCGUGUUAUUUUCUGGAGUACAAUAACGACACGAUGACAAGUUGGCCAGCAGCGAACGAUGAAGAUACCGAUAAACCGAAACUCGAUGUCUGUUAUAUGCUCUUUGUGCUUAUGUCUUAUCAAAUAUGGCUACGCAUCGCAGGGAUCGUCGGGAUUGACAUCGCGCAUAGAUCGACCGAUGAAAUUGCAGUCAGAGGUUCGGUUUGCCGGCCAUGACUAUAGGUGAGCCUGCAUGCUCUACCGAAUCAGAAACAAUCUCUGACGAAG